CGCGAAUCUGCGGUUGCGCAGUGUCCGCCAUUGAGGACCCACAAUCAGAAGGAAAGGGUCAGAAAUCGCUUCGAUAGGCAAUGGUUGCACGUUUCCUUAAUUCUUGAAUCCAAACUUUGACAACAUUCUUUCAUUAAACACGACGCCUACUGUCUAAUAAUAAUAAUAAUAGUAUCUAAUAGUCGUUUUAAUUCAUGGAUAGCAGAUUUAGAUAUUUUAUAGCAAUUUGAACUAACCUUCAUAUCUAACGUUAGUCCACUGUAAAGCUUGAGUGAGGUUAGCUAGCUAGCUACCUGGCUAGCUUUAGCUACACGAACUGAGCCUUGCUCUGGGACAGUGUGCCUGCACUGUCGUUUGAUGGAUCCAAGAAUCGCUUGGUUUCAGCCAGAACAACGUGGACCAGCCAACAGCCUGUGGAUGCAGAUUUGGGAAACAACACAAGGUCUGGGGAAUCUGUACUUCAAUAACAACUGUAACACGGGUAGUUUGUCUAGCACGUCAAGCCUCAGUCAGAAAUCGAACAUCAACGGGACAUUGGGUAACGUAAUCUCUAGCAAGAACGGAGCUGUCACUAACAGCGAACCCAGGAACAAGGGAAUGUCCAACUCAACGAAAGACAGAGAUGUAGUCGAACAACGAGACUUUAUUCCGUUGGAAGCUAAUAACAACCACAACAACCGUUCAUCGUUGGGGAGGGGCAGCGGAGGGGGGCAAGUGGGCUCUGGGGUCUCAGGACACCCCAACAAAAGGAAAAGAGACAACAAGGCUAGCACUUAUGGAUUCAACAGUAGCCUCGAGACCGGAGGCUGUGGUUACACGGGAACACCAUGGAAAGUCAAGAACUACUCUGAAGGAAUCUUGGGGCUCCAUGAGGAGAUCAAUGACUUCUACAAGCACAUGUCUCCUCGGGAAGAGGAGGAGAGGAUGAGGAUGGAGGUGGUGGACAGGAUCGAGAGGGUCAUCAAAGACCUGUGGCCCACUGCUGAUGUUCAAGUGUUUGGGAGUUUCAGCACGGGCCUCUAUCUGCCAACCAGUGACAUCGAUCUGGUGGUGUUUGGGAACUGGGAAAACCUGCCCCUUUGGACCCUGGAAGAGGCCCUGCGGAAGAAAAACGUGACUGAUGAGAACUCCAUCAAAGUGCUGGACAAGGCCACGGUACCCAUCAUCAAGCUGACAGACUUCCGCACAGAGGUGAAGGUGGACAUCAGCUUCAAUGUGAAGAACGGCGUUAAAGCUGCCCUUCUCAUCAAAGACUACAAAAAGAAAUACCCAGUGCUUCCGAAGUUGGUUCUGGUGCUGAAGCAGUUCCUGCUCCAGAGGGAUCUGAAUGAGGUUUUCACUGGAGGGAUCGGCUCCUACAGCCUUUUCCUUAUGGCUGUCAGCUUCCUGCAGCUUCACUACAGAGAAGAUGCGUGCAGCCCCAAUGCCAAUGUGGGCGUUCUCCUUAUAGAGUUCUUUGAGCUCUAUGGGCGCCACUUCAACUACCUGAAGACGGGCAUCCGGAUCAAAGAUGGCGGCAGCUAUGUGGCCAAAGAUGAGGUUCAGAAGAGCACUGACCUCUACAGGCCCUCCAUGCUCUUCAUUGAGGACCCCCUAGCACCAGAUAACGACGUUGGCCGCAGCUCAUACGGUGUGUUGCAGGUGAAGCAGGCCUUUGACUAUGCCUACAUAGUGCUCAACCACGCCGUAUCGCCCAUCGCCAAGUACUACCCAAACAACGAGUCUGAGAGUAUACUUGGCAGAAUAAUCCGGGUGACCCAGGAGGUAGCUGAAUACAGGGACUGGAUCACCAAGCUCUGGGGACCACAGUCUCAGAAUGAACCUGCCCUGAAUGGAAAUGAUGUCACACUGUUGGUGAAGCCUCAGCAGCUGGACGAGUGCAACAACAACCUGACGGAGGAGGUGACUGCAUCUCGCAGCAAGUCCUCUUCCAACUCCUCCUCAUUAGUGUCAUCCUCAUCCUCCACGGUAUCCAGUUCCAGUGACGUUGAUUCUGACGGGACGCCCUGUAAGACAGUGAAGCAACUGCCUGGGCGGGGCUCCAGCGCCCACAGAGAAUCCUCAGGUGGCGUGACCAAUCACAGAACACAGAGGCACACCACCAGCACUCCUACUGACAACAAGGGGGGCAAGGCCAGGUUGUUCCGCUCGUCCAGUAAAAACACCCACCACGUCCAGCAGAACUCGUCCUCAUCCAACAUCAAGAGCCAGCCGAGCAGCAAGCCACACUACCAGGGCAACAGCAAGAAGAGGAAACCUCAGCAGAACUCAGAGGCCCAGGACCUCUGCAGAUAGGGCGGUCUUGGUCUGCUCUGCAACAGACUGACUGUCCCACUUCUGCUGCCAGACCACGUACUGACUGAGUAGUAUUAAGGAUCUUCCUUCUCAAGUGACACGCAUCUUUUUAUAGCUGAAAAAUAUCCCAAAAAAAGAAAUAGGAAAUGCUGGGGCUUAGUUCUUGAAAGAAAUGCUCAUUUUCUUCCUUGACAUUAACCUGUUCUACGGUGGAGCUACACACAUCCAGUACCUACAAAUCUUGCCUUUUACCAUAGCGCCAUCUGGUGUUUUGGAGGAAUAAGUGUCUGGAAAGUAAUGUAGAUUUUGACAAGCAAUACCUGGAACUUGGCUGGCGAACGAACUUCAGCAAGAAAAGUUUAAAAAAAAGAAUAAAAUACGCAAAUAACAAAAAUUUACAAAAUGUUAUAUUGAAGAAAGAAGGGGGGAGUACACAGAUUGAAAGACUAAACCCCAAAAUGCAAUCUGUAAGUGGAGACAAUAAUUUUGUUUUUUUUGGUGGGCGGUUAUUUUUUGGUUGUAAUCAGAUUACAAAGAUUUGUACAAAGAUUUGUACAAAAAAAGACAAACAUGCAGAAAUCUUUUGAGAAAAAAAUAUCACAAGAAUGGUUUGACUUUUUACAGGAUACUACGGAUUCAAGGCAAAUAUAUAUGUGCACAUUUGCCUGCUAAUCUGAGUAGUGGCAGGUUUGGGUUUCAUUGCCAACAUAAAUCAUCAGCAUUCUAUUUCUACUUGGCUGCUCUCUCAAUGUGUUGACAGGCUUCUUUCCAAAUUAUACCCCCUUCCUGAAUUAGUACACUACUUUCACUAAAUAGGGAAUAGGGUGCCAUUUGGGAUGCACUAACAGUGUUAGCAGUAUGCCUUAGUCAGGUAACGUGCACACACAGCCCUUAAAGAUUACUGGCUGGCUGGGGACAAAUCACUCAUUCAUACACACAGCUCUAUACAACAACAGUGAUGGUUUUUAGAGGUUCUCCCAGACUCAUAGAAUUACAGUUAGAGGACAUAAUGAUUUUAGAAAGAUUCUCCACUUGAAAUAUGUCUAAGAUCCAUAGGUGUGGGAGGUAAUAUUUUCCCUUUGGUAAUUUACCCAUUAUAAAAAUGUGUAUUUGUUCAUGUAUUUUUCUAUUAAUGAUAUGAAUAUAUAGUACUAUACAUGUUAUACAUAUUAACGAGAGACCAUAUUCUUGUAUCUUAUAUUUGGAUAGUGGGAUAUUGGGGAAGUAUAAUUGGUCAGGUACAGUACCAAUGUUGCUGUUUUGUGGCAUUUUGUUUUAAUAUGUGGCUGGUCUACUUUAAAAGGGAGCUGAGUUUUUGGUCAGAAUAUAAUGCAAACAAACA